CUCACUCCAAAACUCCCUUAAAACGCCUCCCAUCCCUCCUCCUCAUCGCACCUCACUCACCCCAUUCACUUCCCAACAACCAAGGAAUGGAUCUCUUUUCCCUUCGAACCAAGCGUCAUGCCACAUCCUUCCUCCUCUACCUCUCCAUCUCCUCUCUCCUCCUAUCCCCAACCUCAUCGGCCACCAUCCCCUCAGGCACCAUCCAAAGAACCACCAAGCAGCAAAUCCUCGCAUCCAUCCCCCCCAACUACGCCGACAACACCCAGCCCUUCCUCACCUCCCCUUCCGGCAAGUACGCCGCCUACCUCCUCCGCCGCGAGACCGCUCCGGCAGCCGGAGGCUUCGGCAACGACUUCUGCUACAUCCAAGUCCAGGACACCUCCUCCAAAGAAAGCAUGUGGGAGUCGGAGUGCGCCCCGGUGAGCACCGCCAACGCGUGCUCGCUGGUGUUCACCGACCAAGGCCUCGAAGUGUUCGACGGGAGCGAGUCGGUCUGGAACGGAGAGGGCGCCGGGGAGAGCUUCCCGGAGAGGGUGGACCUGGUGGACGACGGUGACAUGCGGGUUAUAGACAACAAGGGAGAGCUGUUCUGGAGGGCGUCGGACGACCCACGGGCGAACCAGGGUUGCGGGUUGCCCGGGUCGGCCGGGCUGGCACCGGACUCGCCGCCAUUUUCCAAACCGAUCGGCACCAAUGGGAAACUUCCCUUCGGCCAGCAGCAACCACAGCCUCAGGCGGUCGGAGCUCCACCACCGGAGGAGGCUGUGGGAGCUCCGCCGCCGAAUGAGGAGGAGGGGCAGCAGCCGGUGGGAGCACCGCAGCCUAAUGGGGUGUUUGGCCAGCAGCAGGAGGAGCCGCCAGUCGGAGCUCCGCAGGCUAAUGGAGCGUUUGGGGGGCAGCAGCAGGGGUCGCCGGAAGGCUUGAAUGGAUCGAAUCAGCCCUCGGAUUCGGGUUCGGAUGUGCAGCCGUUGGUGGAUUAUAAUAGGUAUGAUAGUGGGAGUCCGAGGGGAUUGGAGAGCUGGGUUGGGAUGUGUUUGGGUCUCGCGAGUCUGUUGGUGUAUGGGAUUAUCUUCUGAGGGCUGAAGGUGGUAUUAGCCAGCCUUUGAUUUGUCCGUCAAUCCAAUGUGAAAUUGCUGCAUUUUCUUGUGAUCGUUGAUGUCGCUAUUUCUUUUGCUAGCAGGUAGCA